CAUGGUAAUCAACAGAUCAACCAACUGUCACCCAACUUGUCUAUGCACCCAACACAGUAAUUGAUUGUAAUCAACCACAUGCCACGGUGAAUCAUGCUUGUUUAAAAACAGAUUUUUCUAAACAUUGGUGCUUUAAUUGUGUAAAAAAUACCAUUAUCCUUAAAGUAGCUCACUGCAUAACAUGAAGCAUGCAUAAAUAAUUGACUAUUUGCGAUAACGAUUCAUUGUUAGUAUUAUUUAAUCAAUAUUUAAGAGAAAAAGUACCUCUUAACCUUAAAGAAGCAUGAACAUAAACAUGGAUUCUUUGAGAUUUAGAUAUGAAGAACAUUUUAAUACCUUUGAAUCGUUUAUGAGCUUGUCAGAAGAUGAUUCUCAGAGUGCUGAAGACGUCUUGGUAAAGUACACAGAAAAUAAUAUUUGGGAUUGGGAAAAAGAAGAAGAAAUAAAUGGGGAUGUUGCUGUUAUACCUACCUCAAGUUUUAGAGAAAGUGCAGUAGAAAGUAAUUCACCUCCAGUUAAAGAAGAUUAUCAAAAAAUUAUGAAUGACUGGCAACAGUUAAUCAAUUUUGAGAACGAAGAUAUAAAAAGUUUAUCUAUGGAUAUUGAUAUGACUUCAAAUGAUCAGUUUAACCUAUCGGAACCAUUUAGUUUGAAAUCAUCAGGUUCUUCAUUAUUUGAUUUGACUGACCUUACAGAAAAUGCUAUCGAAGAACAAAGUAAAGUACAACAUGGAGGUAAAAAACCUGACACACAGUGUUAUGAGGUUGACAAAGUAAAAGAGGAAGUAGAUUCUGAGAGUGAAAAUAUUGAUGUUGAAGGGGAUUUUCAAGUUGAUAUAGAUAGCAUCAUUGAUAUUAAGCCUUCCAUCAUACGAACACAGGAUGCUAGUAGUCUUUUAGAACUAUUUGAAGCUAAAAUAGAUCAAGUUGUGGUUGAAGGAAACAUAAAAAAAGAAGAUACCUCUGAUCAUAUAUCUACUUCACAAACAAACCUUAAAAUUUUUAAUACACCGAAUAAGUUACCUGUGGAAAUAAACAGUGUUAAAAAUAUCAAGAUAGAAGCUAACAUUGAAAAUACUCCCACAGAAUUAGAGAAGAAUGGACAACAAUUCCAAGAUGCAGAAAAACCACCAACAGAAAAUGUACAUGCACAUACAAAAUCAUUAAAGGAAAUUAAAAAAAGUACCGAUGUAUUACCCACAGAACUUAUUAAUAAGAUAAAAGCUGCAAACAAGCGAAGAUCUAUUGCUGUCUUAGAUGUAUUACCAAACACUAAACGUGUGAAAGCAAAAAAAAAUGAAGAAAACAAUACCACUCAGAAAGAGAAGAAAAAUGUCGAAAAAUCUGUAAAUAAAAAAGAUAAUACAAAUAUUUCAAUUGAAAACAAGGACAGUAGUAGUAUUGUUACACAAUGGAUUCACCUGGAUCAUGAUUAUUGUGGCUCUAAAUCAAUUCACAAUAAAUGCCAGAAGAAAGAUUCCGGUUUUGAAUCUGCUGAAGAAGAUGAGCAACGCAGUAUUUUGAAAAAUCAACCAACCGUCAAAAGAGCAGAUGGAAAAUUAAUGAUAUCUCUCUUAAAGGUUAAUACAAUCAAAAACAUUACAAAUAAAUCAACAGAGAAAAAGCGAAAAUUAAACUUAGAAGAAUACAAAAAACGAAGAGAAGGUCUACUGAAAUCAUAUGAAAACUCCCAAAACAGCUCCCCUUUAAGUAGUGGGCAGUGCUCUCCCGCAAUAGAAGAUGAAAAUGUUCGCAGGCUCAAACACCAAGAAAAACUGUUACAAAUGGCAGCAGAACUACUCAAAUCUUCUCCAAAAUCAAAGAAACUAGAAAAUAGUAAUUUGCCAACAACAACUGAUGUUAACACAAAGGUUCUGACACCAGCUGUAAUCUCACAAAAUCAGACUGAAAAAUGUGAUAAAGUGAAAAGUCAAAAUAAAGAAAAAAUGAAAGACUCAGAUUGCAAUAAAAUGGUUACUGAAGAAAAUAUUAAUAAUGAUGAAAAAUUAAAACAAGUAAUUCCUGAGCUUGUUAUACCAAAGGAACUUAUAACAAAAACUAUUGUCAGUAUUGGAGUUAAUACUGAUUUCAUAAAAAUUCCACUUAGAAAAAAUAAACAUAUAAGCGUGUCUCCAAUUAAACAAUUGGAAGAAAUAAAACCAAUUCUCGAAAAUGCAAAUGGAAAAAUCAGUUCCAACUCUUUGAUCUCCUCAGUAAUAGAAAACAUCCAGAAUAAAGUUAAGACUAAAACUGUGGUUUCUGAAGAACAAACAUCUAAAAACGAAAUCGUUCAUGGUGAAGACAGAACAAUAAUAUACCGACCAAAAAAGAGAGAUGUUGUAAAAACCCGCACCCUUGGAAUACAGACUGACUUUUCCGAAGAUUGGAUGGAUGUAAAGUUCGAGAAUUCUCCUACAAAUACUAGUGAAAAAGAUUCAAAAAACAAGAGGCGUGAAAGGGACGAAAAAGAAAAAAAUCAAGAACAAAGCACCAGUCGUUCUUCCAGAAGCAGUUCGCUUGAUUCUAGAUAUAGUAACACAUCUACAUCAACCUCUAGAUCUCGAUCUAUAUCACCUCAAAGAAUACCAGUAAGAAAAAGACAAAAAAGCAUCAGCAAAGAACAUCUACGUGCCGUGGAAGAACGCCGAAUAGUCUAUGUCGGUGGAAUAAGCUCAAGAACAAGUCGCGAAGACCUACGUCGUCGUUUUCAAAAGUUCGGUCCUAUCACGAACAUUAGUAUUCAUUUUCGGGAUUAUGGCGAUAAUUAUGGUUUUGUCACAUUUAUGUACAAUGUAGACGCUUAUGAAGCCGUCGAGCAUGGAAAUGAUGACCCCACAUUACCGCAAUACGAUUUAAGCUUUGGGGGUCGACGCAUAUUCUGCAGGACUCGAUAUUCAGACUUGGAUGAUAUUCGUGAAGAAAUAGGUUACGCACCUGUGCGUAAAAGUGAAGAAUCAUUUGACAAUUUACUUCGGGAAAUGCAAGCCAAAUUAUGCAAACGAAAGACAACGACAUGACACUACCUCUUCUGCUUAUUUUUAUAACUUUGUUUAAAAAAUGAGUUCAAGUCUAAACCUGCCACGUAAUCUGAUCUGUU